AUGUCGGGCAUUGAAGUCGCAGGUCUCGUCCUCGGGGCCCUCCCUCUCGUUCUCAAAUCCGUGGAUGCUUACCGAGACGGCUUCCGCAGGUUUGGCAAAGCCUUCAACAAGCGCAAGCAUGUCGAGAAGCUGGCUCGCGCACUGCUUCUUCAACAACGGACUCUAGAAGAACUUAUCAAGUCGGUCGUUUUAGCGAGCGGUUGCGAAGAUGCGCUGGCCCUGGAUGAUGACCCGGUUGACUAUCUUAAAAAUCCUGAUGUUCAGGAGCAAGUGAAAGAAUAUCCCGGCCCAAAAAGCACCAGUUUCCUCGUUUAUGAGCUUGAGGUCAACAGCGUGGCUGUAGGGAAGGUUGCUAGGCGUAUAUCAGGCCUUGUGCCUGGAGGUCAGGGGCCGAAAGAUGACCUCAUCGCCAUCAUCGAGGCCAACCAUGCCAAGCCAAGUUUGAAGGCUGAUCUUACUCCGAGGAUUAAGCUGGUACUUGGUAUCACUGAUAUGAACGACAUGAUCCAGGAGAUUGACAAGGGCAGUGAUGCACUCGAUCGCUUCUCGAGACUUACCUUGUCGAACCGCCAGUCGAUGAACAGCAACUCGUCCGGAAACUCUCUGAAGCUGGCGAAGGCAUUCAGACAGAUACGCAACUUAUCAGAAGGUCUUUAUAAUGCCGUUCUGGACGGGUUCCGAGACGAGUGCCACGAGAGUCACGAGGCAAGGCUUUAUCUCGAUGACCACAUCGAUACUGCUCAUCGAUUACUUCACAGGCGCGGUGCGGUAGACCCUGCUGCUCCACGGAUGAUGUUUGAUUUGGCUUUUCAUGCGAAGGGGCAGAAGAGCGACACGCUGUACUACGAAACAGUUGUCCAAGUCUUUGACGACUAUAAAAUUGACAAUGUAUAUCCGGAGACCACUCCAGAGGACUUGGUGAAAGCCGUGGUCACUUUUAGCGUGACCGACGCUCCAUCAACCUUCAAGCCCAAAGGACUGCAUAUCCCUAAGCCAAACACUGAAGACAUCAUCGACCCUUCCGUUGAAACCUCGGAUGCAGCUCUCUCUACGGUUGGCAUCCAGCCUCCUGCAACUCCUCAGCACACCAUGGCUUACACAAGCGUGGUGUAA